AUGUCCACACCUCCCCAGACCGCCAUAGACGACAGCUCGUACUUGUCCCCCACUUCUCCUGAACGCAGAGGGCAAUACGAUGGAUCAACUCUCAAUUCCAGGUCGGGCUCUGUCGCCUCGGGCGAGACGGCAACGCGUAUCCGAUCAAAUUCAGGAAUAUCAGCGGCCUCGAGUACCACAUUCUACUCUAAAUCUAGCCUGGAGUUUGACACCCCAGAAGAAGCCUUGCGAGCUGACAAGGGAGAUGAGAAGGACUUCAGCGUCCCAAAUAAUCCCUUUGCCUUCUCCCCAGGUCAAUUGAACAAGCUGCUCAAUCCAAAAUCAUUGUCCGCCUACAAAGCACUAGGAGGACUGAGAGGCCUCGAAAGAGGUCUGCGAACCAGUAUUUCGGCCGGACUGUCAGUAGAUGAAACUCAUCUCGAUGGACAAGUCUCUUACGAGGAAGCCACCGCUGUUGGAACGUCGAAAGAAGGACUUUCAGGAGUCAAUUUAACCAAGGCAAAUCCAAAGGGGAGUGUGAGCCCGCGCGAAGUCAGGAGCCAAUUUGAAGACCGACUCCGCGUCUACCGAGACAAUCGACUACCUGAACGAAAGCCAGACAGUAUCCUUAUGCUCAUAUGGCGAGCCUACAACGACAAAAUCCUCAUUUUACUCACCAUUGCCGCUGUUAUCUCUCUAGCCCUGGGGAUCUACGAGACUGUCGCUGGGGGCUCCGGUGUUGACUGGGUCGAAGGAGUGGCCAUUUGCGUUGCAAUCCUUAUUGUGGUCGUCGUGGGUGCUGCCAAUGACUGGCAGAAGGAACGCCAGUUCGUCAAACUUAACAAACGGAAAGAUGAUCGAGAAGUCAAAGUCAUUCGAUCAGGCAAAUCCAUCCAAAUAUCAGUGCACGACAUCACGGUCGGCGACGUCCUUCACCUCGAGCCUGGCGAUGCCGUUCCAGCGGAUGGGAUCUUCAUAUCUGGACACGGAGUCAAAUGCGACGAAUCGUCUGCAACUGGUGAAUCGGAUCAGAUGAAAAAGACCCCAGGCGAGGAAGUGUGGCGACGCAUUCAGGAUGGCACCGCGACCAACAAACUUGAUCCUUUCAUCAUCAGCGGCUCCAAAGUUCUCGAGGGCGUUGGCACCUAUCUCGUCACCAGCGUCGGCGUCAACAGCUCUUACGGAAAGAUCUUGAUGAGCCUGCAGACCGACAAUGAGCCCACGCCUCUGCAAGUGAAAUUGGGCAGACUGGCAAAUUGGAUCGGAGGCCUUGGAUCCACGGCUGCAGGACUCCUUUUCAUCGUCCUUUUGAUCAAAUUUCUUGCUCAUCUUUCAGGGGAUACUCGACCUGGGGCCGUGAAAGCCCAGGAAUUUCUGGACAUUCUGAUCGUCGCAAUUACAGUCAUCGUUGUGGCCGUUCCAGAAGGACUGCCCCUGGCAGUGACACUGGCUUUGGCGUUCGCCACCACCAGAAUGCUGAAGGAGAACAAUCUCGUGCGGGUCCUACGUGCCUGCGAGACAAUGGGCAACGCCACAACCAUCUGUUCGGACAAGACCGGCACCUUGACUCAAAAUAAGAUGACUGUGGUUGCUGGUACAAUCGGAACGAAGGAGAAAUUCGCCUCGUCACGCUCGGCGGAGACAACUGACGCGACCUCAUUCACCACGAUGUUCAGCAAUCUGAGUGCCGAUGUCAGGGACCUUCUCAGGCUCUCUAUCACUCUCAACAGCACGGCUUUCGAGGGUGAAGAGAAGGGCAUGCCUACUUUCAUUGGUUCCAAGACUGAGGUCGCUUUGCUCACCCUCGCCAAGGAGAAUCUAGGUCUUGACAACCUGGCUACUGAACGAUCGAAUUAUAAGAUCAAGCAACUGAUCCCAUUCGACUCGGCUCGCAAAUGUAUGGGCAUAGUCAUCAAAUACAACGGCGUCUAUCGGCUUCUUGUCAAGGGGGCUGCGGAGAUGAUGCUUGCCAAAUCUGUCAAGACCAUUUCCAGUGUCUACGAAAAGAAGUAUGGAAUUACAGAUCUGACUGCCGACGAAAAAGAAACAAUAUCCGCAAUCAUUGAUGAGUACGCACAACACUCCCUUCGGACCAUUGCUAUGCUGUACAAGGACUUCCCACAAUGGCCACCUGCUGGCGCGAGGAUCCUUGAAGAAGACACCAAGAUGGCCGACUUCGACGAUAUCUUCCAUGACAUGACCUGGAUUGGCGUCGUUGGUAUCCAUGAUCCACUUCGGGAGGGCGUGGUCGAAGCCGUGGCACAGUGCCAACGCUCGGGUGUGGUGGUUCGUAUGGUUACGGGAGACAACGUCACCACUGCGCGUGCGAUCGCUGUUGACUGUGGCAUCCUCCGCCAGGACGAAGAUGGAAUUGUCAUGGAGGGUCCCAAAUUCCGCCAGCUCUCAAAUGAGGAAAUGGACAAGAUUCUGCCUCGUCUUCGUGUCCUGGCUCGUUCAUCGCCUGAAGAUAAGCGCAUCCUCGUCAGUCGACUCAAGCAUUUGGGUGAGACAGUCGCAGUGACUGGAGAUGGUACCAACGAUGGGCCCGCGCUGAAGAUGGCUGACGUAGGCUUCAGUAUGGGUAUCGCCGGCACGGAAGUUGCCAAGGAGGCCUCUUCGAUCAUUCUGCUCGAUGACAACUUCUCUUCGACCAUCACUGCCCUCAUGUGGGGGCGAGCCGUCAACGACGCGGUGAAAAAGUUCUUGCAGUUUCAAAUCACCGUCAAUAUCACGGCCGUGAUCCUGACUUUCGUGUCUGCUGUCUCCAAUGACUCGAACCACUCCGUUCUCACUGCUGUUCAGCUCCUCUGGGUCAACCUCAUUAUGGACACUCUCGCUGCUCUGGCGCUCGCAACCGAUCCGCCUACCAAGAAGAUACUGGAUCGUCCGCCACAGCCCAAAUCGGAGGCUCUCAUCACCAUCAACAUGUGGAAAAUGAUCAUUGGCCAAGCAAUCUAUCAACUCAGCGUCACCUUCGUUCUCUACUUUGCUGGCAUGUCCAUUUUGGGCUACGAACCAAGCCAGCGUAAAGAACUGAAUACGAUCGUCUUCAACACGUUUGUCUGGAUGCAAAUCUUCAAUGAACUCAACAACCGUCGCUUGGACAAUAAGUUCAACAUCUUUGAGAAUAUCCUUCGCAAUUACUGGUUUAUCGGCAUCAACUGUAUCAUGGUCGCAGGACAGAUCAUGAUUAUCUUUGUUGGCGGAGCUGCAUUUAGCAUUACUUCCCUCGACGGUCCUCAGUGGGCAAUCUCACUCCUGGUCGCUCUGCCAUGCUUGCUUUGGGGCGUCUUGGUUCGAUGUUUUCCUGACCCUUGGUUUGCCGUCGUCUUCAACGGAACGGUCAACGGCAUAGCGUUGGUUCUCCGUCCGAUCUGGAAGGGUCUUUCUGUCAUCUUUCAUCCGAUCGUACAGGUUUGUCGAGUGAUUACGCGGUUUGUUGGGCGUGCUGUGCGCAAGGUCACUCACCGGAGCACCUCUGAGCAGGAAGAUGAGCAAAUGCCGGCUGACGAAGAGCGGCUUUCAAUGACGACCACGAAGGCGAGACCAUCUGCCGUCAUAGCAUUGAAUGGCCAUGACUCAUCAAGAGCGACCAUGAAGACAAGUGAUGUCAAUACCACUUCACCAUCUGACUGGAACAGGGCCGCGACAGAAAUGAAAGACCUCCCGGUGCCGUCUGUGUCGAUCACAGGACCCAGCUGA